AAGUUCAAAAAUAAAUAAAUCAUCAGCAAAACAAAACGUUGUAAAGAAAGGAUUUCUUUACUUGGAUAAAACAUUGCCAGAUCUAAAGAUAAGCAGAAAAUAGUAAUGGAUAUGUAUUCCACACAAGCACGAGACGCGUAGAGACAAUCAAGGUAUUAGAAGUCGGAGAGAAAAGACAGAGACCAAAAAGCACUCAAAAAAUGCUAAGGAAUUUAGCAAGAAAAGCAGUGUCAGCUACUUCAAAUCCAUGGAGAUCAUCAAAAUCAAUUCAGCUUCUCCAGAAAAGAGGCUUCUGCUUAGGAGUCCUUCCAGAUGGAGUAGGCAGAAACUCUGAGGCCUUUGCACAGAAUUCUAAGGCCAUGGAGGGUCUUAUUUCUCAACUCCAAUCCCAUAUAAAUAAGGUUCUCGCUGGAGGAGGAGAAGAAGCUGUGAAAAGAAACAGAAAAAGGAACAAGCUUUUGCCUAGAGAAAGAAUUGAUAAGCUAAUUGACCCUGGUUCUUCAUUUCUUGAGCUCUCUCAGCUUGCAGGCCAUGAGUUGUAUGGAGAAACAUUACCAUCUGGUGGAAUAAUCACUGGAAUAGGUCCGGUUCAUGGGCGUCUUUGUAUGUUUGUGGCGAAUGAUCCUACUGUUAAGGGAGGAACUUAUUAUCCAAUUACGGUGAAAAAACAUCUUAGGGCACAAGAGAUCGCUGCUCAAUGCAAAUUGCCAUGCAUAUAUCUUGUUGACAGUGGAGGAGCUUUUCUUCCAAAGCAGGCCGAGGUCUUCCCUGACAAGGAUAAUUUUGGUAGAAUUUUCUACAAUCAAGCUGUAAUGUCUGCGGAAGGAAUUCCUCAAAUUGCUCUGGUAUUAGGUUCCUGCACUGCUGGUGGUGCCUAUAUUCCUGCAAUGGCUGAUGAAAGUGUGAUGGUUAAAGGAAAUGCUACCAUCUUUCUAGCUGGACCACCACUUGUGAAGGCUGCUACAGGAGAGGAAGUCUCUGCGGAGGAUUUAGGAGGUGCUUCUGUGCAUUGCAAGACAUCAGGGGUUUCGGAUUAUUUUGCUCAAGAUGAAUUGCAUGGACUUGCACUUGGUAGGAACAUCAUCAAGAACUUGCACAUGGCUGGGAAACAAGGGGUGAUGAAUGGAUUGCAUAAUUUAAACCCUGAGUAUAAGGAACCUUUAUAUGAUGUAAAGGAGCUUCGGUCUAUUGCACCAAUAGACCACAAGCAAGCCUUUGAUAUCCGAUCAGUUAUUGCCCGGAUUGUUGAUGGAAGUGAAUUUGAUGAAUUCAAGAAACAGUAUGGAACUACUCUCGUAACAGGGUUUGCUAGAAUUUUUGGACAACCAGUUGGUAUCCUUGGAAACAACGGGAUACUCUUCAAUGAAUCUGCACUUAAAGGGGCCCAUUUCAUUGAACUAUGCACUCAACGUAACAUUCCCUUGGUCUUUUUACAGAAUAUCACUGGAUUCAUGGUUGGGUCAAGGUCUGAGGCAAAUGGCAUCGCAAAAUCUGGAGCGAAAAUGGUAAUGGCAGUUUCUUGUGCAAAGGUCCCCAAGGUAACCAUCAUGGUUGGUGGAAGUUUUGGUGCUGGAAAUUAUGCAAUGUGUGGUCGUGCAUAUAGUCCCAACUUCUUGUUCCUUUGGCCAAAUGCCAAAAUAUCUGUGAUGGGUGGUGCUCAGGCUGCUAGCGUGCUGUCUCAAAUCGAAACGGCAAACAAGAAAAAGCAAGGAAUUCAGUGGACAGAGGAGGAACAAGAAAACUUCAAGUCGAAGAUCACAGAAGCAUACGAGCGAGAAGGAAAUUGUUAUUACUCCACAGCAAGGCUCUGGGAUGAUGGAAUCAUCGAUCCAGCUGACACGAGAAAAAUCAUUGGCUUUUGCAUCUCUGCUUCCUUGAACCGUCCCUCGGAAGACACCAAAUAUGGUGUAUUUAGAAUGUAACAAAUGCAACUUUUACAUCAACUCCAACGAUCAAAAAUAAUUUACCAUAAUUUUUCUUCUUAACUCAAUAAAAGAAAUCAUCGUUCAACA